GUGAACGCGCCGCCCCCACCACGAUGCACUGUGGAAAUUGAGUGUUGGAAUGCCCCGAGUCUGCAAUUUUCCAUGCUCUUAUCGAUAAGCCACGAUCAUCUGGGGACUGCUGAAUAAUCACAAAACAACGUCAGUCGGGCUGAAGUCUUUGGGCACGCCACAUUGCGCAAGACUGACUUUCUGUCGCCAACAUUAGCAUCAGCGCGCCGUCGAGAUGCCGCCUCAAAUCAAGCAAGAUCUGAAUCGCUCAGGAUGGGAGUCGACCGACUUUCCAUCCGUGUGUGAAAACUGUCUACCAGACAACCCCUACGUGAAGAUGUUGAAGGAGGACUAUGGCGCAGAAUGCAAACUGUGCACACGACCAUUCACAGUCUUCGGGUGGAACGCAACGCGGUCCGCCGGUCGCAAGCAACGAACCAAUAUCUGCCUGACAUGCGCCCGCCUUAAGAACUGCUGCCAGUGCUGCAUGCUCGACCUCUCCUUCGGCCUUCCCAUUGCCAUCCGUGACGCAGCUCUCAAGAUGGUCGCGCCAGGCCCACAGUCCGAAAUUAACCGCGAAUACUUUGCCCAAAACAACGAGAAGCUUAUCGAAGACGGCCAAGGAACGGAGGAAUACGAAAAGACCGAUGAUAAGGCACGAGAACUAUUACGGAAGCUGGCCCAGAGCAAGCCGUAUUUCAAAAAGGGACGCGCCGUGGACGAGGCCGACAUUGCUGCCGAGAGGAGCGGUGAUGUUGCUGUGGGGGCGGGCAUGGGUGGACCAGGUCCGAUCCGAACACGAGACAGCCGCGCAGCUGCAGCCGCGGGUGCGAAGACGACCAUGUCGGGGAGGAGUCGACAAGCGUUCCCCAGCGCGGCGCAGCUCCCUCCGACGCCUCGCGAUUACAUGCCCCCGUCCGAUCCCAAGAUCAUGUCGCUGUUCGUCACGGGUGUGGAGGACGACUUGCCGGAGCACAAGAUCCGAGACUUCUUCAAGGCCUUUGGCAAGAUCAAGAGUUUGGUCUGUUCGCACAUGUCGCAUUGCGCAUUCAUCAACUACGAGACGCGUGAAGCAGCCGAGAAGGCGGCGGCAGCGUGUCAGGGACGGGCCGUUAUUGCUGGGUGCCCUCUCCGAAUACGAUGGGGCCAGCCCAAGGCCAUUGGCAACAUGGAUAAGCAGGAGCGCGCCCAGAUGCUCGGUGAUGCGAGGGUACAGUCCAGGGCAAGGCAGGGGGGCCAACAGAAAACGAUUGAGGGAGGGUCAUCGUCGUCACAGGCGAAUCCUAUCCCGAGUACGGUGGCCGCGCCGCCGGGCGCAGAAGAUACACCGCAAUAUGCGAGCCUGGCUGGAGACUAGGCCGCAACAGAGUGAAGCAUGGCGCAGGGCGUUUGGGUUACAUAGAGAAUUUGGAGCAUGGCAACGUUUGGCCUCUGUAAUACAGGAUG